ACGUGGGUGCGAUACACGUGACUUAUCUGCUGCUCCUCGCUAGCCGCGCGAGUUUCCGUAGACCCCGGACCUCCCGAAGCCGCGGCGGCGAGCCGGGACUCUUAGUUCUUCUACGCUCCUCGGGGUCCAGAAGCCGGAUCCCCCGGACGGGAAAGGGGUAGUCACUGUUUUGUCUGCACCGUAGAUCUGACUGCAGCCGGGUGGCAAGUGUGCGGGACAUGCUGCGAUUGGCGGCUCACCCCGGGGCCGCUCCCCGGCGCGCUCUAGCCUUUCUCCCAGCCCCGCUCCUCUGUCGGAACGGCUCUUCCACGAGGCGGCCCCCCUGGAAGGCAGGGUCCCGGCCUGAGGCCCGGCCGGGGGGUGCAGAGCUGCUUCGCCUCCGGGAGGACGACCUGCCCCUGGUCCGGCGGCAGGAAGUCCUGUUCGGGCUGGCGCCCUGUGCCCUUGCCCUGCGGGCCGGCCGUCGGAGUGUGACCCGUCUCCUCCUCCACGAGGGGGGCGCGGGAUACGGGGCGCGGGCCGAACUGGCCCGAGCCGCUGAGGCUCUGGGCGUCCCGGUGCAGCCGAUGCAGCGGCGGAAGCUGGAUGCCUUGUGCCGGGGUCAGGUUCAUCAGGGCGUGUGCAUGGAGGUGACCCCGCUACUCCCCAAAGCCUGGCCGCAGGGCAGACAGGACCGGCCGGGAGAGGGACCGGGGGCGCGCCGCCUGUGGCUAAUCCUGGACCACAUCCAAGACCCUCGAAACCUGGGCGCCGUGCUGCGCACCGCACACUUUCUGGGCGUGGACAAGGUCGUUACCAGCCAGACGAACAGUUGCCCCUUGACCCCUGUGGUUAGCAAAGCCAGUGCAGGAGCCAUGGAGGUAAUGGAUGUCUUUUCGACUGAUGAUCUUCCAGGCUUGCUGAAGGCUAAGGCUGAACAGGGCUGGCUUGUUGCUGGCACUGUGGGCUGUGCAGAGUCUGGGAUUGCUCAGUGCUCCGACAUCCCUGUUGCCAGCUGUCUAGAGUUCCUCUGGGACCGAUCUACUCUCCUGGUGCUAGGGAAUGAAGGUUAUGGGCUGUCCCAGGAGGUCAGAAGCUUGUGCCAUAUUCUACUAACCAUCAGACCUGGGCGGGAGCUCACCUCAGAAGUGGAGUCCUUGAAUGUCUCUGUGGCUGCCGGGAUCCUCCUCUAUUCCAUCAUCAGCCAGAGGAAGGGACAGAAAGAUUUGCUUGAGAAGGAAACACGUGCUGUUGCUUGUGACUCUCAGGAAUCCUCAGCUUCUUCUGAAGAACUUGAACCUAGAGCCAGCCAAGGCUGAAGGGUAUGGGUACCAACUGUGGAUGCAGAGCCUAGAUCAGGAAGAGAGAGACCAGAGGGGAGCUGUUUGGGAUCUUGGGCAUUUGCUUGCUUCCAGAUUGCCUGUGUGGACACGACUGUGCACAUGUGUGUAUCUGUGUUUGGUCAUUCUUUCAAGACUUGGCCCGUGUUCCUCUGUCUCCUACAUGAAAUGAAGCCUUUCUGGAUCCUCUUCUAGAGGCGCCGUCUCUGCCCUUGCCCCAGCCACUUUGUAUCUGUUGGCUUCCCCAAUAGAAUGUAAGCGCUGUGAGGGCAAGGGCUGUUUCCCUUUUGUCUUUGUGUGUCAGGAUAGCUGAGAACUUGCUGACUGAUUGUGAUUGAGUACACGGGCAAGUCCAAGUAUGUUUGAGUCCUUGAGAGUGUGUGUUUGUGGCUGUGUUCACACGCACACAAACCAUACCAGUGUGCAUUUAUUGAUAACAAAUGCAGUCCACACUGGGGGUUUUCAGUAUGGGAGCUGAUGGGAGGGAAUUCACUGUAUUGUCUAGCUUUGCUGGAAGACUCCUUUGACAGCA